AUGCUCGAUACCUUGAAGCGAGCACCAGGUGUGCUUUUCCGCGCGCUGAUGCCCAUCCAUUGGAUCAGCUGGGAGGUCAGCGUCGUGCCGUUCAAGGCGAUUGGAAAUGCGGACAGCGAGCAGAAGCGUAACGGCUUGAUCGAGGCAUGGGUGAAGACAAUGAGUCAUCAGCUUUCGAAUGUCAUGGUCACUGGCACCAUCUUGUCCGGGGUGAUUGUUGGUAGCUUCACAUGGACCAUCUUCGACCAAAUGCUUCCUACUGCCAUAACUAUAAUCCGGAUUCUGUGGUACUCAAGCUUGAUUCUCUCCAUGACCGCUGUAGGAGUGGCUCUGCACCAAAGCGUUUUUCUAGCAAGAAUGGUCAACGUCCCUGAGUUCCACGCUGUAAUGAUCGACAUUCUUUGCUUCGAAACUCCGAUGGGGCAGAUGAAACCGCGCCAGGACCAAGCUUUCAUAUGGCUUCUCGCUGUUGGGCUCCUGGAGUGGAGCCUUGGCCUAUGGUUCGGGGGCUUUGUGGUGUUCUUGUGGCAGUUGACGAAGAUCGGCCAGCAAGAUCAAACCUUUUCUGACAGAAUGGUUGCUGGGUUUAUGGGUAUAGCCGUGUUUAUGUCCGCGUUUAUAUAG